GAUCGACAUCCUGAUAUUGUACUUUCAUUUUCUCUAGUAUAACGCCAAACGACGUGAUCGGCGAUGUGAUUCAGUGAACUGUGAUUAUGUGAUCGAAAUACUCAUCAUACUGUUAAUUGUACAAUUUAUUAUUAUUGCACGUCUUCAGAAUUGUAGGACAAGACCAUUACCUUGCACUCCAAGAAGCUUUCGUAAGAUUCUAGUAGGAAUACACGUACGCAUAAAGUUUGAGAACAGAGGUUUACAUUUUAUACCCACUCAGAGCUCCUGUCUUCAGAUGGAAUAUGAUUUGUGCGAGACGGGGAAGGGGAAUCCUAUGUUCCUGAAAUUGUUACAGAAUCUACAAAAAGCAUUUUCAAUCGUCAAAACCAAUUUGAAAAUUUGGGACGAAGCCAUAACAAGUUCACGAUCUCAUCUUGAUAGUGUACAAAAUUUGUCGGAACAGCACCAUUGCUGUAAGCAUGCUGAAGGACUUAACGACAUAACCAAAAAGUUUCCGGAUGUCAAGGCAAAGCUGCUAUACAAGAUAGACACAGAAAUUAACAGCCACAUGACCCAUCUUUAUGCAGCUGUUGAUGUUUGCAAAGUGGUGUGUGACAAAGUGAUCAAACAAAAUGAAAGAUGCCAAGCAGUAUAUAAGAAGGUUUGCAAUGACCUUGACCUGAUUACUCAAAGGUCUCCUACAUGCCCAUCUGCUGUAGAAAUGUUUGAAUGGUUACAUGAUAGUGAAUGCUUGAUGAUGAGGGAUUACCAGAAGAAGAAGCACCUGUUAGCAAUGUUUUCUCUAACAGAGAGAGACCAUGAGUCUGCUCUGUAUAAGCAGUGGUGUGCUGGAGACCGGGAACUGCACCAGACUAUAAAUGAAUAUCUCCAGUACAUGGAAUUCUUUUUGGAAAUGAAGAUCAUAAUGUAAAUCCAGAAAAUCCGUCAUGUAAAUCCAGAGAAUCCGUCAGAUCCGGUAAUGUAAAUCCAGAGAAUCCGUCAUGUAAAAACAGAGAAUCCAUCAGAUCUGGGAAUGUAAAUCCAGAGAAUCCAUUAUGUAAAAACAGAGAAUCCAUCAAAUCAGGGAAUGUGAAGAUGGAGAAUCCGUUAUGUCAGGGAAUGUUCAGACAGAAAAUCCAUCAGAUCUGGGAAUGUGAAGACAAAAAAAUCAGUGAGAUCUGGGAAUGUUAAGACAGAAAAUCCAUCAGAUCUGGGAAUGUGAAGACAAAAAAAUCAGUGAGAUCUGGGAAUGUUAAGACAGAAAAUCCAUCAGAUCUGGGAAUGUGAAGACAAAAAAUACAUCAGAUCUGGGAAUGUGAAGACAAAAAAUCCAUCAGAUCUGGAAAAGUUUGGUCAUGUUGUUAAGAUGUGACAAUAGAGAAUGUUUUGUCAUGUUGUUAAGAUGAAACAAGAGAGAAUGUUUGGUCAUGUUGUUAAGAUCUAACAAGAGAGAAUGUUUGGUCAUGUUAAGAUAUAGCAAUAGAGAAUGUUACAAGAGAGAUAAUCUGAAGAUGCACAAACCUCAAUAAUAAAGAAAAUCCACAAAUUAAAA